AGCUAUGCUGGUUCGUUUGUACAUUUUUUUUUAAUUUUUUUUACGGAAGCAAAUUAAGCACUGCAACAUCAAUCAAUCCAUUCCAGGUGUAAUUGCGCGAGUCUCAACUAUAAAAGGGCGUGAGUAAGGCUAACACUGAUCGUUUAAAUCGCAGCUUUUGCCCAACGCCGACGAACUCCCUCGGAGAGACUUGAGAGAGAGAGAGAGAGAUGGCAGACACUCUCGUUGCUCUGAGGUCUCUUAUGGCUUCUCACUCUCCGCCUCUUCACGCCUUGGUCGUGCCAUCCGAGGAUUAUCAUCAGAGCGAGUAUGUGUCUGCUCGGGACAAGAGGCGCGAAUUUGUUUCUGGCUUCACUGGAAGUGCUGGUUUGGCACUUAUAACUAUGACUGAAGCACGGCUGUGGACGGAUGGACGAUAUUUCUUACAGGCAGCUCAGGAGCUUAGUGAUCAAUGGAAGCUCAUGCGUAUUGGAGAGGACCCAGCUGUAGAUACAUGGAUGGCUGAUAAUUUGCCAAAAGAUGCAGCUAUUGGUAUCGAUCCUUGGUGUGUAUCUAUGGACACUGCACAAAGAUGGGAGCGUGCUUUUGCCAGCAAACAACAGAAACUAAUUCAAACAUCCACAAAUUUGGUAGACGAAGUUUGGAAAAAUCGUCCGCCAGCUGAAACUAAUCCUGUUAUUUUGCAACCAGUAGAAUUUUCUGGCCGUUCUACUGCAGAAAAGUUGAAGGAUUUGAGAGAGAAACUCAUACAGGAGAAAGCUUGCAGUAUAAUUAUCACAGCACUUGAUGAGGUUGCUUGGUUGUAUAAUGUUCGUGGAGACGAUGUGCCCUAUUCUCCAGUUGUUCAUGCAUUUGCUAUCGUAACAUCUGACUUAGCCUUCUUUUACGUGGACAAGAGGAAGUUGUCUUUGGAGGUAAGCUCUUAUAUGAAGGGGAAUGGAGUUGAAGUUAGGGACUAUGAUGCUGUGUGCUCUGAUGUUAUCUUGCUUGCAUCUGGUCAGCUCAAUCCUUCUGCAGCUGCUAAUGUAACUCAAACUGAAAUUCGAAAAAGUGGUGAAACUGACAAAAUGGGAAAUGGUACAAAUAAAGUAGGAGAAGAUAAUUAUGACCUCAUCUGGAUUGACCCUAGUUCAUGCUGCUAUGCUUUGUAUUCCAAACUGAAUUCAGAUAAGGUUCUCUUACAGCAGUCACCUUUGGCCCUCGCUAAAGCUUUAAAGAACCCAGUUGAGUUGGAUGGCUUAAAAAAAGCACAUAUUCGGGAUGGUGCAGCUGUUGUGCAAUAUCUUGUCUGGCUUGAUAAGAAGGUGCAAGAGAUAUAUGGGGCUUCUGGUUUCUUUUUAGAGGCAGAGAGUACUGGUGAGAAAAAACACUUGGAAACUAAUAAACUGACUGAGGUGUCUGCAAGUGAUAAAUUAGAGUCUUUCCGUGCAUCAAAAGAGAAUUUUAGAGGGUUAAGUUUUCCUACUAUAUCGUCUGUUGGUCCAAAUGCGGCAAUUAUCCAUUAUGCGCCUGAUGUUGAAAAAUGUUCUGAGUUUGAUCCGGAUAGCAUCUAUCUGUUUGAUUCAGGCGCACAGUAUCAAGAUGGAACAACUGAUAUAACGCGAACAGUUCACUUUGGAAAACCUUCAGCACAUGAGAAAACAUGCUAUACUGCGGUUCUCAAGAGUCAUAUUGCUUUGGGUAAUGCUCGGUUUCCUAAUGGAACUAAUGGACAUGCUCUUGAUAUUCUUGCUCGAAUCCCUUUGUGGAAGUAUGGACUUGAUUAUCGACAUGGGACCGGUCAUGGAAUUGGGUCUUAUCUUAAUGUUCAUGAAGGGCCACAUUUGAUUAGUUUCAGACCACAGGCUCGGAAUGUUCCUUUACAAGCCUCUAUGACUGUGACGGAUGAACCUGGUUACUACGAGGACGGAAACUUUGGCAUAAGAUUGGAGAAUGUGCUAAUAGUCAAAGAGGCUGAUACUGAAUUCAAUUUUGGUGACAAAGGUUACUUAUCAUUUGAGCACAUUACAUGGGCCCCAUACCAGAAGAAGUUGAUUGAUUUCAGCCUCCUAAUGCAGGAAGAGAUAGAUUGGCUGAACACAUACCAUUCAAAAUGUAGGAAAAUUUUGGCCCCUUAUUUGAACGAGUCAGAGAUGGCAUGGCUGGAGAAAGCGACCGAACCUGUGAGGGCUUGAACACUCAAUAAUGAGCAUUUAUGCAUUGGUGUUCUUAUUUAAUACUCUAGUUCCUCACAUGUCCACCAAAGAUUAAGUCGUCAUAGUUGUUGUGUGUGAUGUUAAUUUAUUUAAGUGUUCAAUAAAAAAUCAUUAAUAAAUGGACAUUUCGUAAGGUA